AUGUAUUCAGUUUUAUUUACAUGUUCAGUAACUUUUUUUAUACAGACAAAACGAAUAGCUGUCAUUGGUGCCGGAGCCAGCGGACUUCCUGCUAUUAAAUGUUGUCUUGACGAGGCUCUACACCCAGUCUGCUUUGAACUAACAGAAGGCAUAGGAGGAUUAUGGAAAUAUACCCCCAAAGCACAAGACGGACGAGGUACGGUUAUGAAAUCUACAGUCAUCAAUGUCAGCAAGGAACUUAUGGCUUUCAGCGACUUUCCUAUUCCAAAAGAAUUCCCAAUGUUUAUGCACAACACCCUCGUUCAGAAAUAUCUGGAAAUGUAUGCUGAACAUUUCAAUCUUCUACGACACGUGCAGUUUCAAAAAGAGGUAGUGUGGUGUGAACCAACAGUUGAUUUUGAGAAAACCGGAAAAUGGACACUUAAAAUAAAAGACAUAAAAAGCGGAAAAAUCAUCAAUGAAAUAUUUGAUGGUGUUAUGGCGGCUACAGGUCACCAUACAGCGCCACUUCUGCCUGCUUUUGAUGGUCAGGACACAUUUAAAGGUAGAACUCUUCAUACCGUGCAGUACAGAGACCCGUUAGAAUUUUCUGGAAAACGUGUAUUCAUCAUUGGUAUAGGAAAUUCUGGUGCUGAUAUUGCAUGUGAACUCAGUCGCGUUGUUCUGAGUACUAGAAGUGGAAGUUGGGUUAUUCAGAGGAUAGGAAAUAAAGGGAUGCCAUUUGAUAUGUUGGGAACAACAAGAGCAGUUCAGUAUUUCCAAAAAUGCUUGCCUCUCUCAUUAUUGAAUAGCUUAACAGAGAUGCAGAUCAACGCACGGUUUGAUCAUGAAAAAUAUGGACUAAAGCCAAAUUAUCCUCCAAGAGCACAGGAUCCAUUAAUUAGCGACGAAUUUCAUUUGAGAAUAGCAAACGGACUAGUUCAGAUAAGACCAAAUGUUAAACAUUUUACCGAAAGUAGUGUAGUCUUUGUUGACGGAUCGGUGUACGAUGAUAUAGACGUUGUAAUAUUUGCGACGGGAUAUAAAAUAGGAUUUCCUUAUGUAGACAAACAAAUUACGGAAUCUAGGAACAACGAAGUGGACCUGUAUAAAUUUAUAUUCCCGCCAAAUUUAACUAAACCUACUUUCUCUGUUAUUGGAUGUGUACAGCCGUUGGGAUCUAUUACGCCAGUAGCAGAACUACAGAGCAGGGUUGCGACACGUGUUUUUAAGGGAGACGUGCAAUUGCCGACCAGAAAGCAGAUGUGGGAUGACAUCUACCAGAAAAGAAAAGAAAUAGCCAAGCAUUAUACUCAUUCAUUACGUCACACUGUCAUGGUGGAAUUUAUCGGUUAUCUCGAUGAAUUAGCAGACAUUAUAGGUUGCAAACCUCGACUGUAUUCAACUGAAAUUUUUCUGAAAGAUGAUUUCAAAAUAUUUCAAACCAGUUAUCAACCAUAG